AUGCCAAGGUGCUGGUUCUCAUGUGGGAGCCGCAAAGACAAGGAGCCUGAAGAAUAUGCCAACGCCAUAAGGAACGACAAGCUGGGUGCCUCGAGCAAUGGGUCUUCCGAGAGACAACAACCCGGCAAGAACGACGGUGAAGGCGGCCCAGCAUCAAAACAACCGGAGGCGAACGUUGACUGCACUCGGGAGCUGACCACAUCGCAAAUUCUCUGGAAUGAAGCUUAUGACAGCCUGUAUGUCGAGGAGGCGGCUCUUGUAAAGUCGUAUGUGAAGGUCAUGGCGAAGAACCUCCAGCCCGAGGAAACUGGAGGAGCGGACGGUGUCCUGGCAGAAAUGGAUGACCCGGUGGAACGACAAUUGGCGAUGGAGAAGCUGGUGAGAGACGGUGUGCAGAAGAUUGCGAGGACAUCGGCCGUCGCAAAAGGGGUCGGCGUUGUGGCCGACGGUUUCUUAAAGGCCAAGGGCUUGAUUGACACUGCGAUCGGGAAUAUUCCACAGGCUGCUCUGCCGUGGGCUGGCGUCUGCGUCGUACUACAGGUCCUCAUAAAUCCGAUGCAAGCCUCGCAGGCGAACCAGGUCGGCAUGGAGUAUGUGGUAACCAACAUGGAUUGGUAUUGCAGUUUGUCCGACCACAUUCUGAGAAAGGAAUACAUCAAAGUUGGAGAGGAGAACUACGAAGGAGUCCGGGAUCAGUUGAAGAGCACGCUUGUCAAACUCUACAAAGCUCUGCUCUUGUAUCAGAUGAAGAGCGUCUGCUCCUACUACCGAAACCAAGUCGAAGAGUUCCUCCGUCAGAUGCUCAACUUGCAAGACUGGGAUGAAGCUUUGGAGGAUGUCAAGAAAGCGGAGACCGUGGUCAAGAAUUACCUGAAGCAGUUUACCACACUCCAAAUGAGGGACAUGACUGGCAAAAUAGUCAAGGAUGGAGAAGAGAGGAAUGAGCUUCUGAGCGGUAUGCGUCAGGAUAUUCGGAAGCAAAACGAUGAUCAGAAGAAGAUGCAUUUGGACGAUGAGACCGCAAAAUGCCUUCGAGACUUCGAUGCAGUCGACCCUCAGAGCGAGAUGGCCGAUAUUGAAGCGCGCAAGGACACGCUGCUGAAGGAAGCCUACGAAUGGGUGCUCCGGACGGAACAAUACGCCGCCUGGACAAGCUGGGAUGUCCAAGAUCCAUGUCGACUGCUGUGGAUCAACGGGCCAGCUGGCACGGGAAAGACCAUGCUCUUGAUCGGUGUUGUUCAGGAACUCGAGAAACAGCUGGGGGCCAACUUGACCUACUUUUUCUGCCAGAGCGCCUCUCAAAACCUCAAAGACGCAACUUCCGCUCUGCGAUCCUUGAUCUGGUUACUCCUGCAGCAACAACCACAGCUCACCUCCCAUCUACUGGCCAAGUACCGAAGCGGAAGCCGAUUCAAUGAUAGUCAAGCCUUCUGGAAGCUGAAGAGAGUGUUCCUAGAAAUGCUGGCUGACGAAAGCUUGUCGCCCGUCUACCUGAUCGUCGACGCUCUGGAUGAAUGUGAGGUGGAAACACCGGGACGAGAACAUUUGCUCGAGCUCAUGUCGGAGUCCCUCCGCGCAACAGACAAGGUCAGGUGGCUAGUCUCCAGUCGGCCCGAAGUCCACGUCUACGAGAAGCUCAAGGAGCGGGACACGCCAGGUACCAUCCGCGAGCUCGACGUUCGGAGCAAAGACGCUGUCAACGCAUACAUCGACCACCAUCUCAGUAAGCUGGCUAAAAAGCCGGGCUACACACCAAAGAUUCAAGAGGAAAUCUCUCGCGAGAUUCGUCAGCGAGCCAUGAAUACGUUCCUGUGGGUGGCCUUGGUGUUCAAAGAGCUUCAGAACACCCCUGGAUUGUAUGCCAUGAGAAAGAUUAAGAAAUGCCCUAAUGAACUUCUCACACUAUAUGACCACCUGAUGGACCAAGUUGAGAGGGGCCAAGAUGAAGAUCCCAUGUAUUGCCGGAGCGUUUUGGCUGCUGUUUGCCUUGCCUAUCGGCCCCUGUCUUUCAAUGAGCUGCACGUCAUCGCUGGCCUGGACCCAGAUGACAUACCGGGCCGAAUUGUGAAAGAAUGCGGCUCAUUCUUGACUGUUCAAGACAACACCGUCUCUCUUGUGCACCUGUCAGCCCGUGAAUGGCUGAUGUCAAAUUUCGACGCACGGCUCCAGAAACGCGGACCCGCGCAAGUCCAUGCUGACAUCUGUGAACGCUCAAUCGCAGGAAUGUCUGCAGAAGAAUCGGGGCUAAAGCGCAACAUUUGCGGCAUCGAGGAAGGGACCCAAUCAGACGAUAUCGUGAUUCCUUAUCCAGAUCCACUAGCUGCUCUACGGUACUCGUGCGAGUUUUGGGUCGAUCAUCUUCUCGAAGUUGGUCAGAUCUCGGACGAGAAUUGUCAAUUGUUCGCUGAUGACGGGGAGAUCUUCUCCUUUCUCAAGGUUCAUUUCCUCCACUGGCUCGAGAGCUUGAGAUUGCAGUCUUCGUCGAGCAAAGGCGUCAAGUUCGUUACUUUCUUGAAGGACGCUGAAAACUUCGUCCGCAGGCAUCGGACGACCAUUGAACAGUACCCAAUACAGACAUACGGAACUGCGCUCGCGCUCAGCCCCACCAGAAGCCACGUAAGAAACAUGUUCUGGAAGGAGAGACUGUCGUUUAUCGAGUCUGUCCAGGGUGUCGGUGACGCGUGGGAUGCUUGCCUGCAGGCCUUUGAGUCCCCGACAUUCCAGCUCCCCUCCGUCGCUUUUUCACCGGAUAAAAAGGUCCUCGUUUUGGUUACAUCUGGGCGAGUGCAGAUGUGGGACCUUGCAACUGGCGGCUGCAAGCGAGUUCUGGAGGAGGGCGAUGAGGAUCAUGAGGUUUUCGCAGUGGCCUUUUCGCCAGAUGGUACUACCCUCACUACCGUUGCGAAAAGUGCAGUGCGGUUCUGGGAUGUUACCACCGAGACUUGCAAAAAGACCCUCGACUUUCCAGAUGGAUCCAUUUCAGCAGCAGCCUUUUCACUGGACGGUGCAUGUCUUGCUGUGGCUUCCGGUGGAGCAAUCUGUCUCUGGGAUACCGCAGGCAUGGUAUGUGACAAGACUCUAGAGGAUGUCACCGACUACGGGGUGGCAUCCAUUGCAUUGUCGCCAGAUGGUAAACUUCUUGCCGUUUGCACAGACAGAGGAGUGCAGGUAUGGGAUAUUGCUGCUGGGGUAGUGAAACAACAACUACCCAAGUCUCCUGAGGAUGUCCAGUCCGUGGCGUUUUCGCCGGAUAGCAAGUCUCUCGCAUUGGGUUCGUGGACCCAAACGGCGAUUUGGGAUUUCAAAGACGUGACUUUCGAGCAGAAAUCGAAUGGAGACUAUUUCCGUCCUUUCAGUGCGUUCACGGCAGAUGGCCGGUUCGUCGCUCUCAAUUCGUAUGGUAAAGUGCAGUUCUGGGAUGCGGCCGAUCCCGUCUGCGAGCAGAUUCUUCAGGGCCGAUUGAGUGACGCCAGAUCAGUCUCCCGCUCACCAGACGCCAACUACCUCGCGUCUGUUGAACGCAACGUGUCUGUGAGACUCUGGGACGGCUCAAUUUGCGAAGCGGAGCAAACCUCGCCAGGGCGUGGCGCUUCAGUCAGUUUCUUGUCCUGCUCUCCGGAUGGGACCCUUCUCCUGUGUGUUUCAACAGGUGCCUCCAUGCAACUCUGGACCACUGAUGGUGUCUGCACACAUACACUCACGCACCCCACCAAAAAAGUCAAGUUCGUCACUUUUUCUCCAGACAGCAAAACCAUUGUAUCUGGCGCGCAGGACACCGUGUGCGUAUGGGACGUUGAGACGGGCAGACUUCUGCACACUCUCAAACACUACGGGGAAGAAGGCAUUAUCAGGGUGAUCUUCUCUCCAGACGGUACUACCCUCGCUGGUGGCAGCGUAAAUACCUUACAGCUUUGGGAUUCGGUCACCGGAUCCUCUAAAAACAGUUUCGAGGGCUUCUCGAUCCACGAUGCAUAUUUCUCCCCCGAUGGGGAGUUCCUGGCCGCUUUCUCACUCCAGACGAUCUUCCUACUGAACAUAGCCACUGAUGUCCAACAGACUAUAGACAGCCCCCACCAGAAUGACAUUAUCGAGGCAGCAUUCUCGCCGGACAGCAAGAUCCUGGCCUCUUUGUCCGUUGACGGCACGUUAUGUCUCUGGGAUACUGCUACCGGAACCUGCACCCAUACCUUCAAGCUCGAGGAAGAAGCAAUUGACGAGCUUUCAUUCUCCGAAGACGGCAAAUUUCUGUGGACGAACCUGGGACGGUUGAACCUCGACGACGGCAAAUUUCUAUUGACGGACCUGGGACGAUCCAGCGCCGACGAUGGCUCUGUCAGUCCGCAGCUACCGGCAUCUGAGGAAGGGCUGGCAUCUACCUCGGUGUCUUCUGCCAGACGACCUCCAGUCAAACCGGCAUAUGCAUGGCCUGCAAUUGACGGGCUGAGAUAUGACGGCGAGUGGGUGAUUCGGGAGGGGAAGGAUCUCCUCUAUAUCCCUGCGGGUCAACGACCUGCACAUCCAUGGAACACCUGGAAGAUGUUCAAAAAUAUUCUUUUCAUUGGCGAUGGGUCUGGUCAACUGACGUGUUACAAGUUUUCGUUUCCGUCUUCCUGA